GCGCACGACCAUUGCCGACUUCACCGCCGCUCACGGAUGACGCCCGGUCGGCGCGUCGCAACUUUUCAGAACUCUACUAAACUUUAUAUCACGAAACAAAACUUUUUGAAGUGGUACCGAUAUACGAAAACCGAUAUAAAAUUAUGUAAAAACCAUACCAAUAGAUAGAGAAUUGCGUAUUUCCGUCGAAUUUGGUAUUUUAGCCGAGCUAAAAGUUCGCAUACCGCUGAAGUCGAGCGAUUUAUCGAGUCAAUUUUCGACGCGAAACUUUUGCAUUAACUCGGAUCUGUUUCGACGGUAGUGUUUUUUUUCUACAAUCGCCGUGGACCAGAAGAGCGAUCAAGAUGUCGAAAAAACAUCUUCACAACCAAGCUGCGAUACCGCUAGCGCCGGCAGUGAUCAAGAAACCGCAGUUGCGGCCGAUGAUCGCCGAAUAUGAUCCUAAGAAAAAGGGGGUCAGAAAUGACUUGUCAGAUGUCGUCAUGGUCAAGUACAAGGUGGACCCGAGGGAGAUCCCGGUGGAGCAGCAGGCCGGCUCCACGCUGCCGCUCAUGGAGAUCCCGGGCCGCGACAUCGAGGCUGACGAGGACUACAACCCUUUUGAGCACCGGAAACUUGCCCACCCUACCUCCGACCUGGACACGCUGAUCCACCUGCUGAAGGGCUCGCUGGGCAGCGGCAUCCUGGCCAUGCCCAUGGCGUUCCUCAACGCGGGGCUGUACUUCGGGCUGGCGGCCACGUUCUCCAUCGGGCUGAUCUGCACGUACUGCGUGCACAUCCUGGUGAAGACCGCGCACGAGCUGUGCCGCCGCAUGCAGAAGCCCUCGCUCGGGUUCGCGGAGACCGCCGAGGCUGCCUUCCUCUGCGGCCCGCCCGCCGUGCACAAGUUCUCCCGGCUCGCCAAGGCCAUGGUGAACAUGUUCCUGGUGAUCGACCUGCUGGGCUGCUGCUGCGUGUACAUCGUGUUCGUGGCCAAGAGCGUGAAGCAGGUGGUGGACCACCACGCGCAGGGCUCCGACGUGCUGCCGCAGGACCUGCACCUGCGCUGGUACAUGGCGGCGCUGCUGCCCUUCCUCAUCAUGAUGAACCUCAUCCGCAACCUCAAGUACCUGGCGCCCUUCUCCAUGAUCGCCAACCUGCUGGUGGGCACGGGCAUGGGCAUCACGCUGUACUACCUGUUCCAAGACAUCCCGAGCACGUCGGAGCGGGAGGCGUUCGCCGGCCUGGACCGGCUGCCCACGUUCUUCGGCACCGCCAUCUUCGCGCUGGAGGGCAUCGGCGUGGUGAUGCCGCUGGAGAACAACAUGCGCACGCCCACGCACUUCAUCGGCUGCCCCGGCGUGCUCAACACCGGCAUGUUCUUCGUGGUCUCGCUCUACGCCACCGUCGGCUACUUCGGCUACCUCAAGUACGGCGUCGACACCAAGGGCAGCAUCACCCUCAACUUGCCGCAGGACGAAAUCCUGGGUCAGUGCGUGAAGCUGAUGAUCGCGGUGGCCAUCUUCUUCACGUACAGCCUGCAGUUCUACGUGCCCAUGGAGAUCAUCUGGAAGAACGUGCGGCACUGGUUCGGCGCGCGGCGGAACCUGGCCGAGUACAGCAUCCGCGUGGCGCUGAUCGUGAUGACGCUCGCCAUCGCCAUCGCCAUCCCCAACCUGGGCCCCUUCAUCUCGCUGGUGGGCGCCGUGUGCCUGUCCUUCCUCGGCCUCAUCUUCCCCUCCGUCAUCGAGACCGUCACCUACUGGGACCGCCCCAACGGGCUCGGCCGCUUCAACUGGAUCCUCUGGAAGAACCUGUUCCUGAUCUGCUUCGGCAUCCUGGGCUUCCUCACCGGCUCCUACGUCAGCAUCAUGGACAUCUUCCACGGCGAGGAGUAGCGGCCUCCUCCUCCCCCAGCUCCCAGCUCAAAUCUUAGCGGCUAGAAAGCUACAUUAUAACAAGUAACAAAACAAUUAAAGUGCUUUUAGUUUCGUAUUAUCAUAUUUUAAUUUGUAAGUGUAAUCUUUUGAAUAAGGACUAAUUUGCUCUUUUUAUUUUUAUUUAGUUUCUGUAAUGCUCAAAGUCUGUUGUUUGGAACUAUUCGCACUAAAGUUGAGUUAGAAAUUGUUCAUGCUGUAGGUACAUUAGGUUGUGUUCUGCUUCGUUUAGCCCCGAAUCUCUGUAGCCAUAGAGAACAUAGAUUACUUUAUGAAAAUGUGUGAGAAUAUUUUUAGUGCAUUAUCGAAAUGUGAUAAAAUUUUAGAAUAACUAUGUAACAAAUAAAUUAAAGAUACCUACUAGAUAGGUUUACGUCAAAAGUGGACAAUACAAUAGAUCACUGAACUAAAACUUUCUGAUAGUUGCGGGCCAAAUUAGACGCGUAGGAGGUACAUAGGUGUUCCGUUUGUACGCCGGGUGGAGGGCGCGCCCGACGCCUUCACGACGAUUCAAGUUUAAAAUUGGUUGCAAUUUUUGGGGUUUAAUAUUCCUGUCCACUGUGUUGGUGACGGCACACACCGCGGAGUGUGGCGUCACAGCGCAGCCACACACACUCCGUCGAUACUCGCCAUUGUAGGAACUUCAUAUCGAGCUUUUACACUAUUCGUAUAGCAUUUAUUUCAUAGUGAGUAUUUAUUAUGUACGUAAGUGCUGACGAUAUGAAAUAUCGCGUAGAAUAAUUAUUAACCAUCUAGGGAAAUAUUCAAUGAAAAUUUUAUAAGUAUGUACAAUGUUAUUUAAAAUUUCUAAGAUUUUAUUUGGCAUGACCACAAAAAAUGUUGAUUACUGCGUAUUUUGAGUACAUUUUGACCACUUCCUUUGACAAGUAUGUUAAAAAAUAACGUUAAUGUUGCAUUAAAAUGUAACUUUUAGAUAAGUGCCUGAGUAGAUGAUUAUUAGGUGCCUUUUGUGUGUAACUUAGAUAAUGACUGCUGGAUCAGGACAAUCCACGGAAUGACUGUCACCUAGUAGCAUGCAACACAGGGCUGCGGGCUGUGCCAGGGCCCUCGCGGCGGCAGGGCCACGGACCACGGACCACGGUCUCUGCCAGCGAUGGGUCUUGGAAUGAAAUAAAUCGUAAGGUUUAUGUUCCUGUGUGUAAUAAUAAGUCAUGUUUUGGCUAUUUAUUAUAUAGGCAUUAAUGUAUUAUUAUUAUAGGCAUUAUUGGUACGAUUGUGAUGUCAUUUUAUUUUAUAUUUUUAUUAUUAUUUGAACUUAGUAUCGGCAGACGAUUGUUUAUGAUUGAAAUAUAAUCAGGGCCCUUUUGCCUUGGACACGAGACAGCAACAGUCUUCUAUGGUAGUAAUAAAUAGAUUAUAGAACCCUCCUAUUAUAAUGUAGUGAUGAUUAUUUUCAAAGAGAUAAACCGAAGAUACACAAGUAUGACUGUGAAAGAUAACUUGAUGAAACUGAAAGGAAUAAUCGUAAACAUAUUGAACUUUUAUAAUAGAGUAUAUUUUCAGAUAAAAUUUCUGCUGUUGAUGAUGUCAAUUUGACCAAAAUACUUUGUCUUUUAACAUAAAUGAAUUAAUAAUGAAUGAUGUAUGUGAGUUCAGCGCGGCCGGGGCUGCGGUUCGGGCGCGGCGGGGGCUCCGGGCGCGGCGGUGGGGGGGGCUCCGGCCCUCCAGCCACCGCGGUUCACGUAUAUCAUUCCUACACCAUCCUUUGGUAACAUAUACCUACCUUCUAUUUUAGAUAAGUGUUUGUUUUGUUACAGUAUUAAAAUAAACUUUCGUCUUUAAGUAAAA